GAUAGGUUUGCUCAAUCUACGAUCGUCAAGGUGGUCGUAAUACGUGCGUUAGUAAUAAGUUGAUAAGUAAUUUUUGGAUUGUGCAUUGGAACGUGCGACAAAAUGGCCCAUCUUCCGUCGCUCCUCGUAGCGAUCACUUUCGUAGUCUGCGCCGGAGCCAUCCCUUUACCUGAAGAUGAAUUUUCAAUCGAUAUCGCCGUACCAGAGACUCGGAGUGAUCCAAAGGUUUAUCGACUUCCCGAAGAUGUUGUACCUGAAUCCUACAAUAUAAGAAUCACACCCGAUCUCGAAAGUGACGAGUUCACUUUCACUGGUGUAUCGGAAAUAAAUAUCAUUGUGAAGAAAAAUAUUUCAAAAAUCACCUUGCAUGCAAAUAGUUUGAAUAUCACGAUGGUAGCACUUCGUACACCGCAGAAUGUAACGCUUCCGGCUGUACAAUUACCUCUCAAUGUGGCGAAUGAUUUCCUAAUCAUUAAUUCGAAGACACAAUUAACCGCUAACUCCAGAUAUGUGUUGGAGUUGGAAUAUGAAGGCAAAUUGAAUGAUGACAUGAGAGGCUUCUAUCGUAGUUCAUAUGUAGAUGAUUAUGGCAAAAAAAGAUGGUUAGCAACAACGCAAUUUGAACCUACCUACGCUCGCCGGGCGUUUCCCUGUUGGGAUGAGCCACAUUGGAAAGCAACGUUCGAUAUUUCGAUCAAGCACCCUGACAGACUCCGGGCCAUUUCCAAUAUGCAUAAAAUUUCCACUCAACCUGAUACUGCUGACUUAUCAAAGAGCAUCACGACUUUUGCCUCCACGAAAAAAAUGUCUACCUACUUAAUUGCUUUCGUGGUCUCAGAUUUUAAUUUUCUGUCGAAUAAAGAUGGAAGUUUCAAAAUAUGGGCAAGACCCAAUGCUAUUCGGCACGGAGAAUUUGCAUUAGAUGUUGGUGAGAAAGAGUUGAAAGCUCUGGAAAAUUACACCACCAUUCCAUUUCUGUCUCAUGGCUUCAGUAAAAUGGACUCGAUUGCCAUUCCUCAAUUUGAAGCUGGCGCUAUGGAAAACUGGGGUCUUGUUACUUACAGGGAGUCGGCGCUCCUCGUUGAAGAAAAUGUAACAACAUCUGCCAGUAAAGAAGGGGUUGCAACUGUCAUAACCCACGAAUUUGCUCAUCAGUGGUUUGGGGAUUUAGUCAGUCCAAAAUGGUGGCAAUACACCUGGUUGAAUGAAGGUUUUGCGACUUAUUUCCAAUAUGUCAUCACAGACUUGAUUCUACCCAAGUGGAGGUUGAAGGAUCUUCAGGUUGUCAAAGCUCUCCAAAGUACUGCCUUUCCAGGUGACAGCGUCAGUACAGCGGUAGAUAUGAAUUAUGAUGUUAAUAGCCCGGCUGAGAUUAAGGCCAAAUUCAACACUAUUUCUUAUCAAAAAGCCGGUUCAGUCAUCCGAAUGAUAAACCACGUUGUUGGCGAAAAAAAUUUUAAGGCUGCUCUGCAGGCCUAUCUGAAGGCCAAGGAGUUCAACGUAGCAACAUCUGAUGACCUUUUCAACGAAUUUAAAAAAGUCGCUACGAGUUUUAAAGGAACAUCAACGGAUCCCUUACUUAUUUUGAAUAAUUGGGCAAUCACUCCAGGUUUCCCACUGAUCAAUGUUACCAGAAAUUAUGAGAAAGGUACAGUGAAUAUCACUCAAGAACGUUACCUUUAUAAACCAGAUGCUAAUCACACGGAACGUUACUACGUACCUCUCAACUACGCGAUGAAGAAGGAAGACUUCGAUGACACGAGCGUCACAACCUGGUUAGAGAAAGAUAAAUCAAUUGUAAAUUUCGACGUGAAAGCUUUGAAAGACAAAUGGAUCAUCUUUAACAAACAACACUUUGGAUACUAUCGUGUCAACUACGAUGAGCAGAAUUGGCAACUGAUUACUGAGUUCUUGAAGACCAAGAAUUACACGGAUAUCCAUGUACUCAAUCGAGGACAGCUAGUUGAUGAUGCGCUUAAUCUCGCGAGGAAUGGAAAACUGAAAUGGAGCGUAGCGUUUGACUUGAUGGCUUUCCUUAAACAGGACUUUGAUUACGUUCCAUGGUUUUCUGCAUUGACUGGCGUAAAUUACCUGCAGAGAACACUAGCCAACACUGCUCCUUAUGGUAGUUUCAAGGCCCACCUUUUGGAAUUACUAGAACCCGUAGUAAAGAAUAUCACAUUCUACGAAUCGCCUGAAGACCUUCACCUGACCAAGCUUUUAAGAGUCGAAGUCCUGCAUUGGGCAUGCAAGCUGGGAUCUAAACCUUGCAGAGAUCAGGCAGCGUUGAAUGUCACAAACUGGCUCAAUGACUCCAAGAAAAAUUCACUUGAACCUAAUCUAAAGGGUGUUGUUCUAUGUGCGGGUAUUCGAAACACCGAUCAAGCAACUUGGGACAAACUUUUCGCGAAAUACUUAGCUGGUGAGGAGAAUGCUCUCCUUACCGCACUUGGAUGUUCCUCUAAUACCAACAUCUUAAAAGGAUACUUGACCAAAGCAAUGAACACAUCUGUCAGUACCACGAAUCGCGAUGGAAUUUUCUCUACUGUCACCUUUAGCAGCGACGAAGGUGUUGAUGUAGCACUCGAUUUCAUUCUGGCUAAUGCGGAUCAAAUUUACCAAUUAUCUGGAAAUACUACCGAAAAACUUAAAACAUACAUCACUAAUAUUGGAUCCAAAAUCAAUAGGAAAGCCCAACUUGACAAGUUGAAGGAGGCUAAGAAUCCCCAUGUGAAAAGUAUUUUCGCUGACGGUAUUAGCAAAGCUCAGGAGACUCUUGAAUGGCUCCUCAUACACGAAUCACAAAUCUCAGAACAUUACAAAAAGGAAGAAGUAUCCCCGGCGAAGCCAGAUUCAGCUGUAACGGUCACCCUAUCCUCUCUCCUAUUCAUAAUGUCAUUUGUAGUCUCUCAAUUAUACUAGAGAAUUAAGUUAUCAUCUUUUAUGUGUUAAGAUAGGAACAUAAUGACGGGAGUAAAUAAAGUAUCAACUGUCCAAUUAAUAUAUCAUGAAUUAUUAUAAAUUU